AUGCUUAAGCAGAAGUAUGCUUUAUACAGAUGUAUAAAAACCAUAAUAAUAUCAUUACUAAUAUAUAUAUGGUUAAGUAAAAAUGUUAUGACUUAUAAUAGAAAUAUUAAAAGCAGAAACAAUAUUUGCUUUUACAUAUAUAAUAAUAAUAUAUAUGAUUCAAGAUUUUAUAAUAAUAUAUAUAAGAAGACAAAACAACAAAAAAAAAAUUGUCAUGUGAACAAAAUUAGGAAUCAACAUUUGGUAGAACAUAUAUAUAAUAACAAAGAUUUAUCAUGUGAAGAUGAUUUAUUAAAACAUUUAGAAAUAUUAUAUCAACAAUUUUGCGAAAGAAAGUUAGAACCAUUUAAGAAUGUAUCAAAAGAAAGAAACAAUAUAAAUAAUGACGAAAAUAAAAAAAAAAACAAAUUUUCAAUAAAUAAUUUAUAUCAUUAUAUACAAUCCACACACCCAUCAGCUUUACAAAAUAUUCAAUUUAUUUAUCAGGAUAGAAAAAAAUAUACAUUCACAAAAAACAAAAUAUCUGAUGCUUUUAUAAAUAAUGCACAAGUACAAAUUGAACCAAGCUUAUUAAAAAAAUUUACAAACCAUGAAGACCAAAAUAAGUGUGAUACUCAAAAAGAGAUAACGGAUGAUGAUAAUAAUAAUAAUAAUAAUAAUAAUAAUAAUAAUAAUCAUAAUAAUAAUAAUAAUAAUAAUAAUAAUAAUAAUAAUAAUAAUAAUAAUAAUAAUAAUAAUCAUAAUAAUCAUAAUAAUCAUAAUCAUAAUAGAUGUAAUGAUUUAGCAAAUGAUUCUAUAUUAUGUAUAACCACAAAUAAGCAUAUAUCUAAAUAUGAAAAAAUUUGCAGUAUACCUAAUAAUUAUAUUAUUAAUUAUGAUAACAUAAUACAAGAAAUACAAAUAUUCGUAAAUCAUUUUAAUAAUAAUUAUAAGGUCAAUUAUUUAAAAUAUAUCUUUAAAAAUAACAUAGAUGAAGAAAUUAAUAAAUUAGAUUCUCUUACCAUCCUAUUAUAUGAUAUAUAUAAAAAACAUAAUUAUUUUUUAAAUUUUAUCAAAAAUUAUAAUUCGUCUUCUAUUUAUUUAAAAUACUGGGAUAUUAAAUUAACGCUCGUUGUAACGUACAUACAUUUUAUAUCAAAAUAUAUUAACAUAUUACUUUAUGUAUACAAUUUUAAUAAUACACUUUUUACAAUAUUACAUAAAUAUUAUAUUGAACAAGUAAAAAAAAAAAAAAAUUGGGAAACAUCUGCUUCAAAUAAUUAUAAUCAAAAGGUUCAUAGUAACGAUCUAUCACCUAGUGACAAAAAUGUAAAUAAUAACGAAAAGAUUAGAGAUAUAAAGAAAAAUAUUAAUAUGAAACAAUAUAAUGAGAUAAACAAAAAUGAUAUGUGUAAUAUUAAUGAUAUAUAUGAUUUAUAUAAUAUAUAUAAUUAUAAUAACUAUAUGGAAAACGAAAUAGAUUCAUUAUAUAACUCAUCAGAUUUUAUUAAUAAUAUACAUUCCUUUAUUGAAUGUAAGACAUCAAGCAUAUUAAGAAAUUAUUCAACAUUUUUUUUCUAUCAAAAUUAUGAACAUUAUAUUCAAUAUAUUGUAAACAAAGAAAAAUUAAAUCACUUACCAUUAUAUUAUAAGGAUUCCUCUUUUUAUCUUUUUAAUAAUAACAACAUAAAAAACAUCAUACUCUAUAGAAAACAUAUGAUUCAUGAAUUUAUUAAAAUGUGUACAUCUCAAGAAAAUCAAAGUGAACCAAAUUUUCAAUUUAUUGAUAAAAAUAUUAUACACAAAAUAUUAUUUACUAAUAAUAAUUUUUUUAUUCAACUCAAUAAAAUCAUAAAUACUAAUAUACAUCAAAAUGAACAACAAAAAAAUAAUACAUUUAAAUUCGGAACGCAUAUAUUAAGGGAAGAUCAAGAAUGGAAUAUUAAUGAGUUAUAUAACUUUAUAAUGUUACGUUUUUAUGAUCAUGACAAAAAUAAUGAUAAUAAUAAUAAUGAUAAUAAUAAUAAUGAUAAUAACAACAAUGGUGAUAAUAAAAUUUAUAAUAAUAAUAAUAAUGAUUAUAACAAUAAUGGUGAUAAUAAUAUUUAUAAUCAUUAUAAUAAUAUAUCAUGUAAUAAAAAUAUUAAUAUAAAUGAAUAUUAUAAUCAAUCCUUUGAAAAAUUGAAAGAUGGAAUUAAAAAUACAAUAAACUAUGUAGCAUAUAAAAACUCCAUAUUUAAUUUGUUUGAAAAUAUUUUUAAUUACGACUUUGUAAUGCAUAUUUAUUCUUAUGUCUGUACUCAUGCCAUAAAAAUGAAAUCACCUUUAAAUUUAUAUAACUCAAAUGAUGAUACAACAAACUGUAUACAAAAUAAAAUGAAAAAAAAGUACGAUACACAAAAUAAAGAAAAUACCUAUACACUUAAAGACAAUAUUGUAAACAGUAGUAUAAAAAUCAAAGAUGAACAAAAAAAUAUUGAAGAAUUAUAUAUAAAAGAAUGUUCUGAUUUUAAUUUUAACGAAUAUGAACAAAAAGAAAAACAAAACGAAAACAAAAAUAAAAAUAUGUGCCUAAUACCAAUUAUAGAUGUAUGCAAUCAUAGUAAUCUUUCUAAUAAUUCAACAAUAAAUAAAGAAGAACUCUCGGUGCAACAUCAAAAUGGAAAUAAUAAAAUUUUUCAACAUAAUUCGCAUUAUUUAAAAAAUAUAGAACAAUAUCAAUAUACAGAAAAAACAAAUGAUGAUGUAAAAAAUGUGAUGAAUCAAGAACGUUCUGUAUCUCUGUAUGAUGAAGAAAAAAAAAAAAAUAAAAUAAUAAAAAAAAUAAUAAAUAAAAAUGGUAUUGAUAAUAAUGAUGCUAUUGAUAAUAAUGAUGCUAUUAAUAAUAACAACACCAGUCAGAAUAACCACACCAGUCAGAAUAACCACACCAGUCAGAAUAACCACACCAGUCAGAAUAACCACAACCAACCUUUAAUGCCCUCUUCCAUUAUACAAAAUAUCCAAAGUGUUCAUUUGGUGAGCUCAAGAAACAUCGAAGAAGGUGAAGAAAUCACCAUAAGCUAUGGAAAUGUUAACAACGAUCUUUUAUUAUUAGAAUACGGUUUUAUUGAAAAAGAAAAAGAGACGAAGGUUUACUUCAAUUUUGAUAUAAAGAUUAUAAGGGAAAUUAUUAUACAAAUAUUAGGAGUUGAUAAGCUUCCUUUAAUUAUGUUAGAUAGCUUAGAACAAGUAAAAGUAAACUUAUUUAAACAACUCAAUAUUAUUGAUGAUAAUCAAAGUGUAUAUCAACGAUUUGAUACAAAAAAUUUGGAAAGUGCACAUAUUACAAGAAAAAAAAAAGAAAUCUUUAAUGAUUAUCUAAGAAAAAAUAAAUAUUUUAAUGAAUAUAAUAUAUUUACAAUGAAAGAUCGUAUUAAUAAAUUUCUUAUUGAUGAAAAAUUACAACAUGAUUCUAGAAAAAAAAAUAAAAAAAAUUAUCUCUAUAUUGGUUCUAAUCAUAUUGUUGAUCCUAUUUUAUUAGCUACAAUCAGAAUAAUUAUAUAUGAUGAUAUAAAUCACCUUUCUAAAGUAAACAUAAAUCACUUAACUUCAUGGGAUCAUUUUUUAUCUAUCGAUUCUGAAAUGGUCGUUAUACAAAUAUUAAUAAAAUUAAUAGAUGAAAUUAUUUAUGAACACUUCUCUCAUAUUAAUUAUGAAUAUAUAUUAAAACAAGGUUUCAUAAAAUAUGAGGACUUAAAAUUUAUACACAAUAAAUUCUUACAAAUCAAUAUGUUACACUCUCACAAAUCUAUAAACCUAUCACAAUAUAAUAAUUUUUUUAUAACUAUAUAUAAUAUUCUCAAAAUUAAGGAAUUAAAAAAUGCUAAAGAUAAACUUAAUCAAAAAUUUAAACAAAUCAAACAUCUUUUCAAUGAACAAAACAAAAAUAUAAUAAAAUAA